AGAAAUAUGUUAGGGUAACUUUCAACUACUCCAGAGUCCGAUUAAAAUUCAAUUCAAUAGUGUUACCUUUUGUAAUAUUUCCCCCAAUUUUCAAUCAAUGUAUAGUCCCUUUGGAGAACCAAAAGACCAUGCCAGGCAACCCAACCGAACCUAAAGUACCCACAUUUUAUCGAAAACUUUCUUUCAAGGGGCCCACCAUAAUUUUCCAGCAGGAAAAACAAAACUUGUAGAAAAACGGGGAAAACGGAAAACCCAUUUCUGGCACUCUUGGGAUUCGGAAACGAACAGGAAGAUCAGUUUCGAGAACAAAAUUUCAGUUCGGAUGAUAUCCUUAAUCUGGCCGUGACCGGCUGGCUUCGGCACUCGAUGAAUGACACGUCGCUGCGCCACUCCUACGAUCACACAAUGAUUCCGCAAUACUCCCAAGAGCAGCAGCAACAUGGGCUUCACCAACAGCAACAUAAUCCGGCAUCGCUGCCCAUGACGUGUCCGUGUGCUUCAGGGAACCAACAACAAAAUCAUGGGACUCUACUUCAAGAGCAGCAACAUCAGCAAAAGCUACAGAACCAGCAGCAACCAAUGCAGCAACAACAGCUGCAACAUCCAAUCCGUCAACAACAAUAUUAUUAUAGCCAACCGCCAAUGAAUCCCCAAUUCAACUCUCAGCCUAGGAAUUACAACUACGGCAAUUACAACUAUUGGUAUAACACGCCCCAGCAAAUGAAAAAUAUGAGAGAAGUACCAGUAAAUCCAGAUCUAUCGGGUAUAGUGCCACAAUCCUUCUAUCAACCUGGACAGUCUCAGAAUGGAUUGCAAAUUGCCAGCUGUUCUGGAUAUCAGAACAUGCCAGGCCGAUAUGCCAAAGUUGGUGGUCCCCAAUCAGCCAUGAGAUACUUCAACCGCAUCGAUAGCUAUACCGAUUUUCACGAAAAUCAAGGGUUACGGUAUCGUGGCUCCGAACAGGACCUAGCCAAAUAUCGGAAUAUUGCAUCGCAUACCCUGCCACCAGAAGCUCCAGGGGAAUGGUACCAGGAUCAGAGUCCCAAAAAAUGUAAAAGGCACAACAAAGACCGCGGAAAGAAUGCUGAUUCAAGCCUGCGUGCUUUUUCCAGUAUUUUCCUUCAAAAACUGGGACUAUUUAUGCGUUUUCGAAAAAAUGGGAAACAAAAGGAUAAAAAAACUAACGACGUGAUUAGCCACGAAUCGGAUCCCAAUUCGAAGCCGAAGAAAAGGGGAUUUUUUAAGAGGGUCUUCCGUGAAAUGCCGAAUCAUCCCACCAUGGAUAUCUAUUCGUUUUCAGAUCCCAAAACCAAAAUCCAACAAAUGGAUCCGCCGGCCAUAAACGAUUACGAUCAGGACGAAGUCCGCGAGAUAGAGAACUUUCGAAAAGUGCGGGAGAAACACAUUUUAAAACAGUCGAGGAAACCUGUGGCCUGCAAGGACGACUAUCGCAUGUCAGGGGGAACUAUGCCUUAAAAUAUUUCAGCAAAAUAUAAAAAUUGUACAUUUCUUUUCAUCAAUAAAGUCGCCAAACCCAAAGAAACUGGAA